AUGAGCGCCGCUUCCCAUUCGCAAGCGCUCGGUACAGCAAGCGAGACGCCGGCAGCUGCCUCGCGUCAUGGCGGCUACGACGAACAUUCUUCUGUCAACCACCCUACAAUUGCAGGGCCAUCCUCUGCUUUAGCGAUCGAAGUUGUAAAUGGCCGCUUCGGUUGUGCCGUCUUUCUGAAUGAAGAGCAACAGCUGCUUCUAUGCGAGGACCUUCCAUGCGAUUUCGCCUUCCACGAUGAGCAUGCAGUUCCGUCGGCCCGAGACACAGUAGCGCCACUACUAGUCGAGCAUGAGACAAUGGCACCCAGUGAAGCUGUCGAAGCUGCUGGCACUGAUCUCGCCAACAGUGCCGCUCACUAUGGAUAUGUCGGGAGUCUGCUGCCGCAGUUCGAUCCUGAAUUGAUUGUCCUGUCAUCCAGGUGUCCCGAAGCCCUUCUAGACAUGUUGCGGGACUUUGCCGAACAGCGCAAUAGCGUCAUCGACAUCCGAAAAGCUACAAAUUUUCAGCUGGCCUUGGGCUUGUCGAGUAUUGAAGAGGCGACCGAGUUUAGUCGGAGGGAUACAGAUCGAGAGCCUUCCGAGUCCACAUCCAACGACGAGCGUUCCAUGCCGGCUCUAGUGAUGCUCGAUGCAAAGGUGGCCACCCCAAAAUCCACGCUCGCAAUAUCGGCGGUGGGACCGCUCUUGUCGAGUCUGCGCAGCAGAAGAGAGAUCGGUCGGUCUCUCACCCUUGCGUCGUUAUGCCUCAACGACCAUUUAUUCGUCGACGAGAACACCAUCAAGAGCCUGGGCAUCAAUUCGAACGAUGUACAUGCCUUUGUUCACGCCAAGCAAGGGCGUCAGGGGUUCUCUGUUCUCGCCAUGAUGAAUCUCACCUGCUCUAAGUUCUCACAACCGCUGCUCAAACGAUGGGUCAUGCUGCCGCUCGCUGAGCGAGAUGAAAUUCUUAGACGGCACGAAGCUGUCGAGCUCCUUGUGCGGCUCGAUUCCACAUCAGAAAUGGACCGACUUCAACGGCAGCUGAGAGAACUUUGCGGAGUUCCUCAGGUCUGUCACAAGCUGAACAUGGGAGUCGGUUCAGCAUGGUUGUGGGCUAGCUUGAUGAAGACUUGCAACGCCAUCAUGAACCUCCGUGCUGAGCUUAAUGGUCUCGACUUGUCCCGAUCGGAGAUGCUGAAUGAGCUCAAGGCACAGGUUAUCGUCGAUUCUCUGCUGCGUCUUUCCGACGCUAUCGCAUAUACGAUUGACUUCGAGGAGAGCAAGACGGACGGAAAAGUCACAGUGCGAACCGGUGUCGACAUGUAUCUCGACGAGCUUCGAGACCUAUACUUGCGCCUCCCUGAUCUUCUGGAUGGCGAAGCUGUCGACCUUCAAGGACAGCCAGCCUUCCGACCCACCAGGGGUCUUCACGUCGUCUACUUCCCUCAGAUUGGCUACUUGAUCUGCGUUCGAGACGGAGAGACGGUCGAAAUGAAAGCCGACCCCUCCUUGGCUCAGGAAUUUGUGAGCGAUGAAUUUGUCUACCUCAAGAAUCGUCGCAUGACCGAACUCGAUCACGAUCUCGGUGACGUCGCUUCCUUUGUCGUAGACAAGGAAAUCGAGAUUCUGGACGGACUGCAAACUCUCCUUAAGCAGUGCUGUCCGGUCCUGCUAGCUGCGCACGCCGCUCUGUGCCAGAUCGACUGUCUCCUUGCCUUCGCUCGAGCUGCGACGAUGUAUGAUCUCAAAAGGCCGAUCUUGGUGGAAGAGCAAGUCAUCCGACUCAAAGGAAGCCGACACGUGCUGAAAGCCUUGUCGAACGAGGGCUUUGUGCCGAACGACAUUGAACUUCAAGGUGGCCUUGGCCUUCCGGCGCAAAGUGACCAAAACGCCAAUGCAGAAGAUGGGCUCGGCAGCCAACGAGGCGACGUUGAUGAAGAGGAGCUUGGCCAAGGAUUGCAAGAGGAACUUCGCUCAGGCGCUCCAGGAGAGGCCCGACCAGGAUCUCGGAGAUCAGCGACAGACCUUCGAGAGAAGGAGAACAAGCAUAGCGUCAUGGUGUUGACGGGAGCCAACUCAUCCGGUAAAAGCUGUCUUCUUCAACAAGCUGCGCUUUCGGUCUAUCUCUGUCAAUGUGGAAGUUUCGUCCCUGCCGCAUACGCAGAGCUGGGCGUAUUUGACAAGAUCCUGACGAGGAUGAGACAGGAUGAGUCGGUCUCGAGUGAAGGCAGUUCUUUCACCCGCGAGCUGGGACGUCUUCAUCGUGGGAUGAACAUGUCGACCAGCAAAAGUUUGGUCAUCCUCGACGAGGUGGGAAGAGAGUGUCGCAGCGACGAUGGUGCGGGUCUAUUCGUUGCCACGAUCUACGAGUUUUUGCAGCGCGGACCUGAAUGUCCUAUCGUCCUAUCGGCAACGCACCACCUGCGAGCAAUCGAACGCCACCUCCCCGAAACACUACCCAUCCAACGCGCACACAUGCAGUCUAUCCUCCUGCCCACGAUCGAACAGACCUACGCCUCGCUCACGUACCUCUAUAGCCUGCGACCCGGUUUUGCAGGCACAUCGCACGCCUGCCACUGUGCACGUCUCUGUGGUGUGCCCCACAUCGUCGUCGAGCGAGCCGAGCGCAUCUGCAGGAUCGGUCUCCGCGCGUGGCACGAUUUGGAAGCGAAGCAAGACGAGGCGAUCGUGCGGAGGCUGUUGCAGCUCGAGCUGGGGAAUGGAGGGGAGGGUGAAGAGCGGCAGAGGGUGAGGAGGGAGAUGGCGGAGGUGGACGAUGAGGCAGCGCUGAGGUGGAUUCAGUGGGUAUUGACAGGUGAUGAGGAUGAAGUGGAGGCGGAUGGGGAGGAGGAGAUGCCAUUGGGUGUUGCGUAG